AUGAACGCCCUUCGGUCCAGUUCCGCCUUCGCGCGCCGGUCCCUGACCCCUCUCUCUGCCCCUCUCUCUUCUUCUCGUCUUCUCUCUUCCUCUUCUCUUCCCACCUCUCAGAGAUCCAUCUCUUCUGCCUCCCUCCGCCCUAACAGAAGUACCUCUGCUGCAUCCCGCUGGUCCGGAUCGACUCCCUCCGUCAACUUCUUCCAAAUCCGCACGAUGGCUUCCGAGAGCAAGAUCAAGGUCGUGAACCCAGUGGUGGAGCUGGACGGUGAUGAGAUGACCCGUAUCAUCUGGCAAGAAAUCAGGGAAAAGUUGAUUCUGCCGUACCUCGACAUUGACCUCAAGUACUACGAUCUGGGUCUUGAGUACCGUGACCAGACCGACGACCAGGUCACCGUUGAGGCUGCCGAAGCCAUCAAGAAGUAUGGCGUCGGUGUCAAGUGCGCCACCAUCACCCCCGAUGAGGCCCGUGUCGAGGAGUUCAAGCUGAAGAAGAUGUGGCUGUCCCCGAACGGUACCAUCCGUAACAUCCUUGGCGGUACCGUCUUCCGUGAGCCCAUCAUCAUCCCCCGCGUCCCUCGUCUUGUGCCUGGCUGGAACAAGCCCAUUGUCAUUGGCCGUCACGCCUUCGGUGACCAGUACCGUGCCCAGGACCGUGUCAUCCCCGGUCCCGGUAAGCUCGAGCUGGUCUACACUCCCGCCAAUGGUGGUGAGGUCGAGCGUGUUCAGGUCUUCGAUUUCCAGGGCGGUGGUGUCGCCCAGUGCCAGUACAACACCGAUGAGUCCAUCCGCGGCUUCGCCCACGCCUCUUUCCAGAUGGCCCUGAUGAAGGGUCUGCCCCUGUAUAUGAGCACCAAGAACACCAUCCUGAAGCGCUACGACGGCCGCUUCAAGGACAUCUUCGAGGAGAUCUUCGAGAAGGACUAUAAGAAGGACUUCGACGCCAAGGGUAUCUGGUACGAGCACCGUCUCAUCGACGACAUGGUUGCCCAGAUGAUCAAGUCCGAGGGUGGCUUCGUCAUGGCCCUCAAGAACUACGACGGUGAUGUCCAGUCCGACAUCGUCGCCCAGGGCUUCGGCUCCCUGGGUCUGAUGACGUCCACCUUGGUCACUCCCACCGGCGAGGCCUUCGAGUCCGAGGCCGCCCACGGCACUGUCACCCGCCACUACCGCGAGCACCAGAAGGGACGUGAAACCUCUACCAACCCCAUUGCCUCCAUCUUCGCCUGGACCCGCGGUCUCGUCCAGCGCGGCAAGCUCGACAACACUCCCGACGUUGUCGCCUUCGCCGAGGAGCUCGAGAAGGCCUGCACUGACGUUGUCAACGAGGAGGGCAUCAUGACCAAGGAUCUGGCUCUUGCCUGCGGUCGCAAGGACCGUGAGGCCUGGGUCACCACCAAGGAGUACAUGGCUGCCGUUGAGCGGCGCCUCAAGGCGAACCUCAAGGCUCGCCUGUAA